ACUCCUAAUUAUAAUUAUACUGCUUUACCUCUAUUAAGUAAGAAUCACCGAUAAAGAGUAUACAUCAAAGAAGAGAUCCUUCUUUCACAACAAUGGCGGAUGAAGUGAUCCUUCUGGAUUACUGGCCGAGUCCAUUCGGAAUAAGAGCGAGAAUCGCGCUAAGAGAGAAAGGUGUUGAGUUUGAAUGCAGAGAAGAGAAUCUGAGAGACAAGAGCCCUUUGCUUCUUCAGAUGAAUCCGGUUCACAAGAAGAUUCCAGUUCUCAUCCACAAUGGUAAACCUGUCUGCGAAUCCAUGAACGUUGUCCAGUACAUCGACGAGGUCUGGUCCGACAGAAACCCUAUCCUCCCUUCCGAUCCUUACCAGAGAGCUCAGGCCAGAUUCUGGGUCGAUUUCGUCGACACCAAGUUGCUCAAGCCGGCGGAUCAGCUCUGGCAAACAAAAGGCGAGGAACAAGAGACAGCCAAGAAAGAGUAUAUUGAAGCACUCAAGAUUCUUGAAUCUGAGCUUGGAGACAAACCUUACUUUGGUGGAGAUACCUUCGGGUUCCUAGACAUUGCCAUGACUGGAUAUUACAGCUGGUUCGAAGCAUCAGAGAAGUUAGCUAACUUCAGCAUCGAACCAGAGUGUCCCAUACUCAUGGCUUCUGCCAAGAGGUGUUUGCAGAGAGAAAGUGUGGUUAAGUCCCUCCAUGAUUCUGAGAAGAUCCUUGAGCUCGCCUAUAAGCUUAGGAAGGAAUAUGGUGUCUAAAAUUCUUAUUGAUUCCCCAUCUCACGUUUCUCUGUUCUCUGUUUUUCUUUUCUUUUUCUUUUCUCUUUAAGUUUGUUAUGUCUUCUGUGAA